AUAACCGAAAUUUUGAUGAUCGCUGUGUUUUCAGCGCUGCUUCAUUUCAAAGUUUGUCGGGUUGGUUCAGACGGACUAUCCUGUGUACCACCUCUGCUCUGUAGACCCGGUCCGGGUCUCUCGGCCAUGGCCUCCGUCACCUGCCGGGUCCAGUACCUGGAGGACUCGGACCCGUUCAUCUGCACGAACUUCCCCGAACCUCGGAGACCUCCGACGGUGAACGUGGAAGAGAACCUGCAGCUCAGCGAGCAGAUCUCUGGGAUCCACAAGCUGCUGGAGGCGCCGCUCAAG